GUAUGUGCAGUAGGGUGGCCUUGUACUGGCAGCAGCUCUACGCAGUAGAUCUACCAGUGCUAGGGAGCCCUCGAGGGCCUCCGCGUUGUACCCGUACACUGCAUGCAUGCUUGCGACAAAUUUUAUCGAGUGCAGUGGUUUCGUAGUUUCAUCUUGGAAAGACUUCGGAAAGACUUCGGAAUGGCGUCCAGAACGAAGCGUUCUCCGAUUUGGGAGUUCUUCAACGAUCCAGUAGAUAAAAAAGUUGAGUGUAAGCAAUGCGAGAAGAAGCUUGUCUACACUGGUGGAACGACAGCCAUGCGCGAGCAUAUGAAGCGCGCUCACCCGCUCCUUUUCGGUAGAUGUGACGGUGAGAAGUCGUCGGCAAAGCAGUCAUCGAUGCUGCAGCACGUUGCUGUGAAGCCCGCGGCAAAGCAAAUGUCUGCGUCGACUGCCAAAGAAAUCACCGGCAGUCUGACUGACUGGCUUGUUCGUGAUCUACGGCCGUUGUCGAUCGUCGACGAUGUCGGGUUCCGUGACCUGAUGGGACGGGUAUCGCCCGGUUACGUGAUUCCGUCGAGGACUCACGUCUCCAAGCUGAUCGGGCAGCGCCACACCACUGGUCUCUCUGCCCUUACGAGUCGAUUGAAGUCCGUCUCUGGCUGCUGUCUAACGACGGACGCCUGGACAUCGAAGGCUACGCAGUCGUACAACACUGUAACUGUGCACUUCGUGACCGAAACUUGGGAAUUGGAGAGCGCUGUUGUCGAGACUGCUCUCUUUCCAGGCUCCCACACCGGCGUGAGGAUCGCGGAAAAGGUAUCGGAUGCAACGAAGAGAGUGGGACUCAAGCCUGCUCAGGUAAUUGCAGUGGUGCACGACGAAGCGAGAAAUGCGGAGCUUGCUGGUCGACACCUACUCCAAGAUCAUGGCUGGGAGUCAGUGACCUGUUCUGCCCAUCUCCUUCAAACGUGCGUGCGACAUGUGCUUGAAGAUUCAGCUCCUGCACAGAAAUUGUUGAGUGCUGCCAGGAAGUUGGUUGGGCACUUUCGCCAUAGCAGUCAAGCAACAGAGGCUUUGCUUGCAAAGCAGGUCCAGAUGGGGAGCACAUCACCUGUAAAACUGACCCAGGAUGUGCCUACGCGUUGGAACUCUGCACAUGACAUGCUGAAACGUCUGGUUGAGCUACGACUGCCCGUCAUGGCUGUACUGACUGCUCCAGGCCAAAAUCGGAACUUGCUCUUGAAGGAUACCCAGUGGACACUAGCCGAGCAGCUGACAGCAGCCCUGGAACCACUGAAAGCAACUACAACAGUAUUCGGCGGCCAGAAGUAUGUCACCUCUUCUCUCGUGCUGCCUGUUGUGGCCAGUCUUAUCGAGAGGUACUCUGAGCCUGUGGAGGACACCUGUGUUCGUGCUGUGGAGAACAUUCGUGCUGCACUUGUGUCAGAGUUGCAGGUUAAAUUCCGUCUGUCAGACGUGACAUCGGCAUCCCCCCUCGUGCUCGCUGCAGCUUUGGAUCCCAGGUUCCGUGGCCUAAAGUUCACGUCCCAUGUCCUGUGUGAGCCGGAUGCUAUCAAGGCUGCACUAGCUGAGGAGAUGAAGAAGCACACCGCUCAACCACCUUCUGUUGUCGCGCAGGAACCGCAAGCCAAGCGCAAGCCCGAGGACACAGGCCUUCAAGCUCUGCUGCAUGGAGCCGUGUACGAUGCCACAGCUGUGGAGAAUGAAUCGCCUGCCCAGGAAGUAGCACGGUACUGCAGUGAGAGGAUGGAGGGCAUUGAGAUCAAACCUCUGGAUUGGUGGAAGUGCAAUUCCACCAGGUUUCCUGGUCUUGCUGUCCUGGCUCAGAGGUAUCUCUCUAUCACAGCUACAUCAGUACCGGCUGAGCGUGUGUUCUCUGCUUGUGGCGUUCUUGUCAACAAACUUCGCUCGUCCCUGGCACCAUCAUCCAUUGACGCUAUGAUCUUCUUGGCGAAAAACCAAAUCACAGUUGCACCAGAGCAAGCCGAGGAGGAGGAGGAAAUGCCAGCGAUGCCUAACCUGGCUGCCGUGGAGUGCCAGCUUGUUGUCAGUGGCUCAGAUUCAGAGCUAUCUGGGACCAGCACUGACUCUGAUUCUGAUGCCUCUGAGUGACACGUAUAAUUAUGAACACUGAAUAGUACACUAUGUGAGUAUACUAGAUUUGCUUGAAGUUGUAGUCACUUACCGCCAGUCUCUCAGAAUUCUCUUUACGUCUUCCAUUCGUCCCUUCGCCCCAUUAUACCGUCACAGCUGCUGCCUGCACCGCGCAUUUCAAACUUGAUCCUCUUGACAUAUAGCAGCCACCAUAUCCGGUCGUUUGAAAAAGUGCUUGAAAAAUGUGAAAAAUCGGCGUGUUGGAUAAUAUUAUAUUGCAGCUCGUUAAAGGUUAUAAUCGUUAGAUCGAUCGUUAAGCAAACGAGUAAUCGGUAUGCAAAAUUUUGCGAUCGUUUCA